AUGCGUCCCGCCACGCUUCUCGCCCUCUCCGCGGUGGCCCUCUUCGUCUUCUUCGUUGCCUCGGCCUCGUCCGACCAGAAGGAGCAUGACACUCCUCUCAGGCACCAGUUCACCGAUUGGGUGGUUGCCCACAACAAGACCUACGUCAACCCGGAGUUGGCCCACCGGUGGAACGUGUGGCGCGAGAACUACCGCUUCAUCGAGGAGCACAACCGCCAGAAUCACAGCUACAGCCUGGGCAUGAACCAGUUUGGCGACCUCACCUUCGACGACUACAAGGCGCUCUACACCGUCACGAUGCCGCCGUUCAACGCUUCCGACUUUGACGACGUCUACGCUACUCCGACAGAGGCCAACGCCACCGAGGCGGCGGCUAACUCCUCCGGCCUCGCCCGUCGCCACCCCGUGAGCCUCGACUGGAGAAUAUGGGGCGCUGUACAGGCUGUCAAAAACCAGGGUUCGUGCGGCUCUUGCUAUGCGUUCUCCGCCAUUGGUGCCCUCGAGACUGCCCACUGGCGCAAGCACAACACUCUCCCCGAUCUUUCCGAGCAGCACAUCGUCGACUGCACGCGCGAGUACGGCAACGGUGGCUGCAGUGGCGGUUGGAUGCACACCGCCUUCAAGUGGCUUCAGGAGAAGGGCGGCGCGGUCUCCCAGGCCGACUAUCCCUACACGAAUCGUGUCGGUACCUGCCAACACGCUUCCAAGCCCAAGGCUACGUACCUUGCCAAGUACGUCAGGAUAGGUGCGGGCAACGAGCAGCAGCUCCUCGAUGCAGUUGCCACUGUCGGGACCGUCUCCGUUGCCAUCAACGCCGGGACCCAACAAUUCUCGUACUACUCGGGCGGCAUCCUCGACGUGGCCAACUGCGGGAACCGACCCACCCACGCAGUGCUUCUCGUCGGCUAUGGUACAGAGAACGGCAAGGACUUCUGGAUCCUCAAGAACUCGUGGGGCACUUCGUGGGGCGAGAAGGGCUUCUUCAGGUUGGCGCGCGGCAAGAACAUGUGCGGUAUUGCCGACUGGGCCUCCUAUCCCAUAGUCUAG